CAGCCUUGGCUGAGACACCGGUGGGGCGGGCGAGUGGAGGAGAAGCGACCGGACCACGUCGCGCCACUUAUGGCCGCGCGUUAGCUCUGGGACGCCAACAACUCCACGCUUGCCUGCCCGCCCGCCCAUCUUCACUCUCUUCCUCCCCCUUUGGUUCCCCCCAACUCCUCCUCGCUCCGGAGCCCUCUUCUCCCAGUCAUGGCUGAUCCUUCCUCCCAACCACGCGCCGACUCCCAGGACGUCGAGGAGUUCCUCUGGGUGGAGGAGGCGGAGAUGGGGAUGCCGGUGGAGAAGUUCUCCGAGGUGUUCGAUCUCGUGCGCCGAGGGAAUCGUGCCUUCCGCGACAAGAGGUUCGAGGAGGCAGUUUCUUUUUACUCAAAAGCUCAACUUUUGAAGCCACGAGACUGUGUCAUUCUUAGCAAUCGAAGUGCUGCUUUCUGCAGGAUCAGUCAACUUCUUAGGGAACGAUCAGCACGUGAAUCUGAAUAUCAACCGUUAAAUGGUCUAGACCCUACUACACAUGCUGAGCUUGCUUUGAAGGAUGCUGAAAAAGUGAUAAGUCUCCGGAGCAACUCACCAAAAGCAUAUUUCCUGAAGGCCAAUGCUCUUGUUCUGCUUGAGCGGUAUGAGGAGGCACGCGAGACAAUUAUUGCAGGCCUUCAAAUUGAUCCUCUUAGCAAUCUCCUCCAGACAUACCUCCAAGAGAUGGAUAGACUUGCAGCUGGUUCAGUCAAAAAGGUCAAACGCUCAAAACCACAACGUACAGAUGACUUUGAAUGUACACUAUGUCUCAAGUUACUGUAUGAACCUGUCACCACUCCUUGUGGGCAUUCAUUUUGUCGCUCUUGUCUGCAUCAGACUAUGGACCAUGGCAACAAGUGUCCUAUGUGUCGGACAGUCUUAUUUAUUAGCCCAAGAACAUAUCCCAUCAGCGUGACAUUAAACAAUAUUAUACAGAAAAACUUUCCAGAAGAAUUUGCUGAAAGGAAGUCUGAGCAAGAAAACUUGACGCACUUAGGAGUUGAUAUAAUGCCUCUUUUUGUCAUGGAUGUUGUCCUCCCAUGUCAAAAGUUGUCACUGAAUAUAUUUGAACCUCGCUAUCGGCUAAUGGUGAGGAGAGUAAUGGAAGGGAAUCAUCGGAUGGGAAUGGUCGGUGUUGAUCCUUCAACAGGUUCAAUUGCUGAUUUUGCUUGUGAAGUAGAAAUUCUUGAGUGUGAACCACUUCCAGAUGGCCGGUUUUAUUUGGAGGUAGAAGGACGAAGGCGGUUUCAUAUCUUACGGUCAUGGGAUCAAGAUGGGUAUCGUGUUGCAGAAGUGGAAUGGAUUCAGGAUACACUUCCACCAGAAGAUUCCCAAGAGAGGGAGGAUAUACGGCAAAUGGCCAGUGGAGCAGCAGAAUUGACUAAAUCAUGGAUCAAGCGUGCAAGAGAAGUUACAAGAAUAGGUAGAAGAUCAAGGCAACUGGAACUUCUUGAAACUGAAGGAAUACCUAAGCCGCAAGAUCCUGAACGUUUCAGUUUCUGGCUCAUCAAUCUGUUAAACUUGAGGCCAUCUGAGAGAUUGGAACUAUUGCGGUUACGCGACACGAGGGAGAGGAUUUCCCGUGGGCUUAUCUUCCUUAGGGCUGAAGAACAAGGUUGCCGAGUCCAGUAAACAUCGAUCAAUUCUCGGACUGAGUUUUACACUUUGUUAGAUACAUGCUUUGAUGAGUGAUACUGUCCUCGGCAAAACUGAAUGGCGGGAAGAGAUUUAUGAGCUGAUCGCAAAUAGUUUGGACCUUACGGCUCCAUGUGGUCAUUGUAACUGUUAUCUACAUAAGUCAAUUUCUUUCUUACGGCAACAUAUGAAUUACAAAUCCAUCUAGCUAAAAAGUGUUGAUCUCUGUACAAACUUGCAGUCUCUGUUCAUACAUUUAUUAUAUAAGUGGAUGCUGUAUUAUGGCUGUAUAAAAAA